UGUAAAAAUAAAAUAGGUGCUUAUGUGAAAUGGUUAUUUUCACCAUUUUGGAGGAUAUAGUGCAACUUUCAAUAGAAAAUAUAGCGUUGAAUUCUAUUUUGUCAAGCAACGGUAUACUAAGGUGAAACAGUGCUUGAAACGUACACGAUUAUAGUUUGUGAAAAUAAGAAAUAGUGUAUAUUGUGCAAGAUAACGCAGUUUUUGCUGGAUUUCAAGAGGCAUGGACUACGCCCUCGUUCUAAUUUCAAACCAUAUUCGCCAAAUUCCAAAAAUAUUGUGAAGGGGCUGGGAAGUAUUUUACUUUUUCAGGGACUUUCCGUGUUUUUGCGAAUAUUGAAACGCUCUAAUUUACUGUUUGAUUCAUUUUAUUCACUUAUUUUUAUCGGGGGAAUUGAAUUCGACCUGGAUUUCGGACUGUCCAAUCGAAAAUGUUGCUCUGGUGUUAAUGAACAUUGAAAAUAAAAAUCUGAAAAUACAUUCGGUUACGCUUGAAAUCUGGUGAUUGUGAACAAAAUGAUACAGACGAUUUACGAUGUCAGCGAUUGUGUGCCACUGUAUUUGCCGCAUAGCCUUUACCUCAAACCAUCGGCAAAGCUUAAUGUGUCGGUUGCUUUGCCAAGUGUUAUCACUGGCAAAGCGAUCUCGAACUAUGAGGUUAUGGAUAAAAUGCGACAGAUGAUUCUGCCAGAGAAGUUCUCUGUGCUCAAGAUUCGUUCUCUAUCUCAGGUUUCGAAGAGCACCGUUGGAUUCAUUCGGUUCGAAGGUGAACUGGAGGAUCGUAACAAGCUACGACACGUACUAGGACGACUAGAUGGGCGCCCUAUACGGUUAACAGGGUUUUCUGAUUCAGCAAAAUUGCGGGCGUCAGAAGCAAAAGAGGACUUUCCCACCCGCCAUGAUUGGGAUUCGUUUUUUCGGGAUGCUAAAAAUAUGGACGAGAUGAAAGCAGGCGAGCGCCCGGAUACGAUCCAUUUUGUUAAUCUUCCAAUCAAAUGGUUCCGUCCGAGACAUCUGGAAAAUGAAGAUGACACCAAACCUAGUGAAGGUAUAUUCAAGCGUAUAUUUGAAAAGUUCGGCGAGGUGCGUUGUGUAGAUAUCCCUAUUUGUGAUCCGUACCGGGCACAGAUGAAGUCCCAUAUGUCGGGAAUGCAAAAAUUCAGUUUUGAUCAGGAUAUGUACUUCGAAGGGUAUGUACAAUUCAGCGAAUACGUCGGAUUUGUAAAAGCAAUGGAUGAAUUCCGUGGAAUGAAAAUUGUGCGUAAGGAAGAAGAUAAAAAUUUAGCGGUUUCAAUAACGGUGGACUUCGAUCGUACAAAACAUUUAAGUGAUGCCUCGAUCAAAAAACGGAAAGUGGUUCGGGAUCGAUUAAUUGCUAUGGAGCGCGAGAAAGAGGAGCUGGAGAAGCAACGCAUUGCUGAGGAGGAAGCGAAGAAGGAACGCGAGAGAAAGCGCCAGGAGGAUCUAAAGAAAGCGGAAGAGUUGAAGCGCAUGCAGCGGGAGCAAAGACGGAAAGAGAAGCAUCUACAAAAACUGCGACAGCGGGAAACGGAUGAGAUAAGUCUAAAAAUACUACAAGAAGAGCGCAAGCUUUUGGAAACGCAAAGGAAAUUGGAGAGCAUACGUCUUCUUGAUGCACUUCUUGAAAGGAUAAAAACCAAACAGGCAUUUCUAGCGGGAAAAUCAUCCGAAAUUAGUACGGCUAAGGAAUCUUCCAAAUCUGCAAAUAAAAAAGCAGAGAAGUUGAAGGCAACUCAAGAAAAAGAAAUCGAAAAAAUGCGUCAACGUGUAAAACAGGUUAAAGACGGAAAUUUGUUGAAAAACUUUUUGGGUACAUCUGGAUGCAUUUCAUCUAAUCGAUCACGAUCCCCAAGUGUCAACACCAUCAGUUCUGAUGAUAGUAUUCUUAACGAGCAUCCGCCGGAUGCAAGAAAGAAAAAGAAAAAGAAACAAUCUGGAUCGGACAUAAGUUCAUCAUAUUCGGGAACCGGCAAUGAGGACGAAGAAGAGCAACCGGAUACUGCUAAUGCGAUUGUCCCUUAUGCUUCAGUUCCUCCGACUUUACCUCCGGGAGCAUACCCUGGAAUGUAUCCAGGAUUCGAUUGGGCAGCUAUGGGAUAUCCGUAUGCAUAUGAUCCAUUUUACGCCCAAAGAGCAGGAUAUUAUGCGAAUGCUCUUGCAUAUCGUGGAUAUCGCGGUGCCCCCAGGGGAGGGAGGUAUCUGCGUCCACGUGGUAGAGGUGCCUACCGUGGCCGCGGUGGCUUCGAUUAUUACAGAGAUAGGGGAGACGAUUAUGGGGAUUAUGGUGACUAUCACAAUCGAGGGCGAGAAAGAUCAAAAGCACGCACAUACUCAAGGUCUCGAUCAAGAUCCCAUUCUCGGUCACGUCGUAGAAGAUCGCGCAGCAGAAGCAGAAGCAGAUCCAGAAGUCGCAGUCGAUCUCGUCGUGCUCGGAGCAGCAGAUCUCGUUCUAGGUCCAGAUCCAGAUCCAGAUCAAGAACGCGUUCUAGUUCAAGAUCUCGAUCUACAAGACGAUCAAGAUCGCCAUCAGACCGAUCUAGAUCAAAGUCACGCCGAUCAGAGUCCAAGCCGAAAAAGUCUCUUCAGAUAUCGAAACCUAUGUCUAAAAAUCUAGCUUCCACAAUCAGAAAUUCAAGGUCACUCACAAGAUCUAGAUCCAGAUCAAGAUCAAGAUCUGGCUAUCGUCAUCGUUCGAAACAUCGCCAUCGUUCUCCACCUCGUAGAACCCACUCAAAAGAACCAGGGGACGAAACUGUCCCAGAAUCUUUCCGAAAACAUCGUAUUGUUUUACAAACUGAUAAAUUGGUAAAAAGUGCUAAGGAAAUUGAAGAAGAAGUUCGAGAGCAGCUGCGUAAACAUCAAGAAGAAGAAGACCGUCGUCAGGAAGAAGAGGAGGAGAGGCAUAAUCAAAGUGAACAUUCUGAGAGUACUAGUAAUCACAAUCACGGUCGACCCAGACGCUCCCGUAGGACUCGCUCGCGAUCGAAGACUCGCUCUUCUUCAAGAAGUACGGAAAAACAUCGCUCCAAAAGUCGAUCUUUAUCCAAAACAAGAAGUUGUUCGAGUUCGCGUACCGGUAGAAAGCCCGGGAAUGGCUCAGCUUCACCUGCAGCUGAAAAACAACAGGUAAAAAAGCAGCGACGAAAUGCUUUUUCAAAAUCGCCGGAAGGCGAAUUGGAGAAGUCAAGGCAGGCUCGAAAGAGCUCUCAACAUAGACGAAAUAAAUCUAAUUCGGAGACAUUCGACCGGAAGCGGAAAUCGCAUUCUGUAGAGAAUGCUAAAUAUCCAUCGUCUAAGCAACGCGAUAGAAGAAAUGAUUUGUAAGGAUUGUUACAAUUUUUGUUUGUUCGCAAAAGGUGUGCACCGAACUCUGCUGAAUUACGGUGGGAUUAUAGCCUAAGCGUAAAGUGGUUAAAUGCAUUGCAGAGAAUUAAAGGCUCUAAGCUUUUCCAAGUAA